CAGUAUGAUUUUUCGUAAAUGUGUUGUCUCAUAUUUUAUCGUUUUUUCUGUGUGUAUACAAGGAACCUACAUCUGCAAUCAAACGGGACCGGCGGACCGGUGCUGUGAACAUUACAGAUGGAACGAAACAACAGGAGAAUGCACUCCCUGCCCUCAAGGGUACACGGGGAGGACAUGCGAUGCAAAAUGUCCUUAUCCAACAUACGGAGUUGCUUGUCAGAGUGUCUGCGCCUGCCAGAGAAUGUUAUGUAACGUUGUGACAGGAUGCCCUGUUACUGCCGGUACAACGAUGGAAACGCAGACCAUAUACAAGCGAUUGUCGACGGUGGACUACAAGAGGGACAUCCGCAAUACAGUUAUGGCUGGGAAUGAAGUCGGUAUGAAAGUGAUAUCAUAAUGAAUUGUUACGUCAUGACAUUUGUCCCAUCUUGAUGAAUUCAUGUCUAGAUAUGCAUAUGAAAACUUUAUUUUUAGAAUCGUACAAAAUAUAAAAAAAAUUGCCUUUCUUCUACGCUUAGAAAAAUCACAUUCCAGUGAUUUGAAUACACGUGUUAUAGCAUUAUGAUUAAAAAUAACCCGACGAAGUUUGGCGUUUGGUUCGGAUCCGCGUAUAACGCAAGGGAGAUGGUAAAGAUGUCAGCUGUGAGACUUUACUCUCGGACAAAUCAGGGUAAAUACUUGAAGUUAAAAUUAUUUAUGUUUAAAUACAAGAAACCAAAGUUGUCAACAAGCAAUGUAGACAACACUUAAAGCGUUUUAUAUGUUAUCACAACACUUCAGUGGUGGAAUGUAGAUAUUUUAUGCGUAGCUUUAUGUUGCUUGUAUACAUUCUGCACAUGUACCCGACGAAUAAUAUUACGUGAUAAAACACAAGACGUAAUAACAGUUAGUUUUCCAAUUUAUUAUAACACGAUUUAGAAGAGUGCAUACAAUCAUCUAGUAAGUAAAAUAUUGUACAAAUGCAAAUAAGGAUGGAUUGAUAUCGAUGGUCUAAAUUUACAGCCAUAGUUAGCUUUAUCAAGUGGUUUACUAGAAAAAUAAACAUGGGAUAUUUUCUGUGCUAUUAAUCUAACAUCGUAUUAAUCAUGAUUUGAAUUAAUGGGGGAAAAGUUAAUGACACUGAGUACAUGCUGCAUGCCGACAUAUUUGAUGUGUUUAAGACAUUUUCAAUUCAUGCAAUGUCUGCAGCAUAGGUAUUCAUAUAAUUAAUAUUUCAUAAAUGCCGGUGAACUCAAAACAAAGGCAACCACAGUCUUCCACAUCUACUCCGUACUUGCAUAUUGUAUUGAACAUAGAUGUUAACGGCAAAACUCAAAUUUAUGUCAAACGAGAUGACUUUAGCUUCUCCAUCAUCAACUUCCUAUAUUUAUGUACCAGAAUUCCAUUAUCACCUGCAUAUUGGGGUUUUGUUUCUUAACAGAUUCGAUACGCAAGAGCUUGUGCAGAGUAUGAUCAGUUUUUGAAUUGAUACAGGCUACUGACAAAAAAAAGUUGAUGUUACAAGGGUUUCAACAGGCUCGUUUAAAGCCAACAUUUCACUAAUUCUAUGGUUGUUAUAACAAUCUAAUUUGCUGAUAAAACCUAUCAUUGGGUCAAAUGUUGUCGGAUGUGCCCGAUACCAAUUCUUAGGACGUUCUUUACACACUGAUUAUGACUAAGGAUUACUCCGUUUCUUUGGUUAAGAUAUGGUGCUAACUGCGGGUGUGACCGGUCGACAUAUGACGCUUAUUCCUCCUCGGCACCUGAUCCCACUUCUGUAAUACCCAGGAGUCCGUGUUUGUCCAACUCUUGAAUUUGUAUUCCUUGUAGGAACUAUUGGUUUGUUUACUUUUCAUGAGACCAUGUCAUUUGCAAAUGUGCAUGGUAUGUCAAGAAUAUGAGUUUUCUGCAUCUCUAGAACAACUACACAUGUAUAACAAGGUAAUUUCUAUAAACUAUAACUAAUCGAAUCAGGUACUGGGUACACUAUUUAUAUGGGUGUAAUUUACACCUAGUUAAAUGAUAUUCGUCAAGAUAGUGAAUGAUAUAAAAUUUGUUGCGAUAUUGUUGCAUGGUAUGAAAUGUGAAUGCUUUUAUGUUAUACACAUGCUAGCUUGAACACUUAGACGUACAAUAUUUUUUGUUUUGAUAUUUUCGAUUGAGAAUUUUCUUUUUACAUCUAGUAGACCAAGCUGAAAAACAUAUUGAUCUCCGUGGAUAGUAUUUUCCUCCAUCAGCGGCUUUCUACACCGUACAUGAUAGUCAAACCAGGAUAUCCACUGAUUUCACUUAAUAUGACAUGGCUUGUCAUCUUCAUUUGUACUUAUAAAUAAAAGGAAAUUCUA